AAUAUUUGGGGUCUCUAAUAUUACUCAUAUAGUUUUGCUUUUGUCCGAACCAGGAAAUAAUGCAAUAAGUGAAGAUGAGGGGACCCAAAGUACACAAUCUGUAAUGUGUCAAUUGAAAACAGAUGCAGCAAUUAUUGACAAAUCCAACAAUGGAAGAGAGGAUUAUGAGUUACCUUUGUUCACUCUUUCUAGUAUACAAAUUGCUACAAGUUACUUCUCGGUUGCAAAUAAGAUUGGGGAAGGUGGUUUUGGACAUGUUUAUAAGGGCCAGUUCGUUAAUGGGCAGGAGAUUGCUGUGAAAAGACUUUCUAGAAGUUCUCAACAAGGGUCAGAGGAGUUCAGGAACGAAGUUAUAUUAAUUUCAAGGCUUCAACAUCGUAACCUUGUUAGAAUUUUGGGUUGUUGUACUCAAGGAGAUGAGAGGAUAUUAAUAUAUGAGUACUUGCCAAACAAAAGCCUAGAUUCAUUUCUUUUUGAUGAAACCAAACGAGCUUUACUUGACUGGAAAAUACGCGUCCACAUCAUUGAAGGAAUUGCUCAAGGACUUCAAUACCUCCACAAGUACUCUAGAGUAAGAAUCAUUCACAGAGAUUUGAAAGCUAGCAACGUUUUAUUGGAUAAUGACAUGAAUCCAAAAAUAUCUGACUUUGGUACCGCAAGAAUAUUUGGAGACAAUGAAUCUCGGGCAAGCACAAAAAGAAUUGUUGGAACAUA